CAUGCGCCAGGAGGCAAAGCGCGCGAACGCGAGGGGCAAGCCGCAGAAAGCCGCGCAAGGAGGGCAGCCCUCGCGGAGCAGUCGAGGCGAAGCGGGAAGGCAAGCAGGGGAAGCGCAGCAGAGCAGGAGGAGGAGGAGGAGACGGAGACGCUGCGAGCGCAGAAGGGGACAGGGUGGGCGCCACGGGAGCAUGAGCAAGCCGCGCACUCCGAAGUCGGCCCAGCCGGCGGGCUGCUGUAGCCGCUGAAGCAGCGGCGUCGUCGUCGCUGAAAGUGAAAAGCGCGGCGGCGGCGGCGGCGGCGGAAAGGGCACGGGAUUCCCUUAAGAGGGAGGUAGAGGGACCAUGCGGGUUCCCGAAUGGCUAGCGGGGCUGCUGAAGCUCCUCUCCCUUCUUGUCAGCAGGACAUGGGAAGUCCGCCUGCACCCCAAGCAAGAGACUUUGGUAAAGCACCUGUCAUCUUAUGAAAUAGUGACACCUACACGAGUGAAUGAAUUUGGAGAAGCUUUUCCUGACACUCACCACUUCAAAAGGAGGAAAAGGAGUAUGGAGGCACUUCUAGAACCUGUUCCUUUCAGGACCCAUUACCACCUCAGUGCUUAUGGACAGGUUUUCCAGCUGAAUCUGAGCGCUGAUGCCAGCUUCAUUGCCCCUCACUUCAUUGAGGUGCAUGUGGGGGACAUCCAAAAGCAUCCUCCCUCAAAUUUGCACCACUGCUUUUACCGUGGGCAUGUUAAUGCACAGGAAAGACACACAGCAAUCUUCAGUCUCUGCGGUGGCCUGAUGGGCACAUUUAGAUCCCAUGAUGGUGAUUACUUCUUAGAACCUUUGAUGACACCAGAUGGAGAUGAACAUGAAGAUGACCAUAACAAGCCGCAUCUUAUAUAUAGAUAUGAGCCUGUUAAAAAAGAGAAUUCUUAUAAACCUUGUGAAACUUCAGAAGAGCCCAAAAAAAGCACUUUACUAUUUCCGUAUGAGAGCAGCUUAAUGAAAGGUAUAAACGUUCUUCAAGAGAACACAAGUUUAGAAUAUGCUUCUAAAAAUCUGUCUGUAGAGAAUGAGAGAAACAGUCCACAUUCCCGGAAAAAACGUUUUCUUUCCUAUCCAAGAUAUGUAGAGGUAAUGGUGACAGCUGAUGCUAGAAUGGUUCAGCACCAUGGACGGAACUUGCAACAUUAUGUAUUAACAUUAAUGUCAAUAGUUGCAACAAUCUACAAAGACCCAAGUAUAGGAAAUCAAAUAAAUAUUAUUAUUGUAAAAUUAAUUGUAGUUCACAAUGAACAGGAAGGACCAGCUAUCAGUUUUAAUGCAGCUACCACUCUUCGUAAUUUCUGUUUAUGGCAGCAAACACAAAACAUUCUGGAUGAUUCUCAUCCUUCUCAUCAUGAUACUGCAGUUCUUAUCACUAGGGAAGAUAUCUGCAGAGCUAGAGAAAAAUGUGAUACCUUAGGUUUAGCUGAAUUGGGUACGAUGUGUGACCCGCUGCGCAGCUGUUCUAUCAGUGAGGAAAAUGGAUUAAGUGCUGCAUUUACAAUAGCACAUGAACUUGGACAUGUGUUUAAUGUUCCUCAUGAUGACAGUUUUAAAUGUAAGGAAGUUGGAAUGAAACAUAAAUACCAUGUAAUGGCCCCAAGUUUAAAUUACCAUUCAAGCCCAUGGACUUGGUCAAAAUGCAGUCAGAAAUACAUUACUGAAUUUCUAGAUACUGGUUAUGGGGAAUGCCUUCUGGACAAACCAAAUGGAAGAAUCUAUGACUUUCAGUCACAACUCCCUGGUUUCCUGUAUGAUGUGAACAAGCAGUGUGAGCUUAUGUUUGGUCCUGGGUCACAAGUAUGUCCUUACUUGAAACAGUGCAAACGUUUAUGGUGUACAAGUGCAGAAGGUAUUCACAACGGUUGUCGUACUCAGCAUAUGCCAUUGGCUGAUGGAACAGAAUGUGGCCAUGGAAUGCAUUGUCGACAUGGAAUCUGUGUGAAAAAAGAAACAGAAAAGCUCCCUGUGGAUGGAGAAUGGGGAUCCUGGGGACCUUACAGUUCAUGUACCAGAACAUGUGGAGGCGGUAUCAAAAGCUCAGUCAGAUUGUGUGAUCAACCUGAGCCAAAACAUGGAGGGAGAUACUGUGUGGGCCGCCGGAUGAAGUUUCGAUCAUGCAACACAGAGACAUGUCCGAAAGGCAAAAAAGAUUUUCGAGAGCAGCAGUGCUCAGAGUUUGAUGGUAAACAUUUUAACAUCAAUGGACUAACAUCUACUGUGCGCUGGCUUCCAAAAUACAGUGGCAUUGCUAUGAAGGAUCGCUGUAAGCUUUUUUGCCGUGUUUCUGGUGCAACGUACUACUACCAGCUGAAAGACAGAGUUGUGGAUGGUACUCCGUGUGGAACAGACACUAACGAUAUAUGUGUUCAAGGUUUAUGCAGGCAAGCUGGCUGUGAUCAUGUCUUAAACUCUAAGGCAAGAAGAGAUAAAUGUGGUACCUGUGGUGGUGAUAAUUCUUCAUGUAGAACUCUUGCUGGUACUUUCAACAGCGCUCAUUAUGGUUAUAACACUGUAGUAAAAAUUCCUGUAGGAGCAACAAACCUGGACAUAUAUCAAUACAGCUAUUCAGGGAAGCCGGAAGAUGACAACUAUCUUGCAUUAUCCAAUGCUCAAGGGAAUUUCUUCCUGAAUGGAAAUUUUGUUGUAAGUCUGUCUAAAAGAGAAAUCAAUAUAUAUGGAGCGCAUUUUGAGUACAGUGGUUCAAACAACACAGUGGAACGAAUAAAUAGUACUGGAUGGCUUGAAGAAGACAUCCUCUUGCAGGUGUUGUGUGUAGGGAAUCUAUACAGCCCUGAUAUUCAUUAUUCAUUCAACAUUCCUAUAGAGGAAGAGAAAGAUCUUUUUAUAUGGGAUCCAUAUGGAGUUUGGCAAGACUGCAACAAAAUGUGUCAAGGUCUUCGCAAAAGGAAGAUUAAAUGCAUACGAAAGAGUGACCAUUUGGUGGUGCAUGACCAAAAAUGUGCACAUACAACACCACCCACAGCUGUAACAGAACAUUGUAAUAUAGAAUGUGAAUUAAGGUGGCAUAACUUUGGCAAAAGUGAGUGCUCAACUCGGUGUGGCCCAGGGUUUCGGUCUUUAGACAUCCACUGUAUGAAGUACUCUGUUUCAAAAGGACUGAGUGUUCCAGUGGAUGAUAAAUAUUGUGCAGAUCAGCAGAAACCACCAAUCCGAGAAACCUGUCACGGAGACUGUCUUCAAACAAGCUGGCAUUACACAGGAUGGUCAGAGUGUUCUAGGAGCUGUGGACAUGGUUCAAAGACCAGAGAAGCUUUCUGUAUGAAUAGCUUUGGCCGCCGGCUUGCUGAUAGAGAAUGCCAUGAACUUGCAAAGAUAGUUACUCAGAGCUGCAAUGAGUUUUUGUGCCCCACCUGGACUGUUAGUGACUGGAGUGAGUGUCCUGUGACUUGUGGGAAGGGUACAAGACAUCGGAAAGUUUGGUGUCAACUGAAUAAUGACAAACUGGACGACGUUUUCUGUGAUUCAAACUCUAUACCCGAUUCAGUGAGAGCAUGUGAACCUAAGGAAUGUCCAGCUUGGCAAGUAGGGGCCUGGGGAAUAUGCUCUGUUACAUGUGGGCAUGGAUAUCAAGUGCGUGCGGUCGAAUGUGUGGCUGACGUUUAUGGAGCUAUUUUGGAUGAUAACAGAGGGUGCAAUGCUGCUGCUCGCCCAAAAGACAGCCAAGUAUGUGAAAUGUCUGCUUGUCCAGGGACUGUCAAUCUGUGGCCAACAUCGCUUCCUGUCUUACAGCCUGACAGAGAAACUCAGUGGAGAUAUGGAUCAUGGACUCCAUGUUCUGUAUCCUGUGGAAGAGGGAACCAUGCUCGCUAUGUAAGCUGCCGGGAUGGUCACGGCAGAGUAGCAGAAGAGUCAUUUUGUGCCCAUUUGCCCAGGCCAGAAGAACUUUCAAACUGCUUUAGUCCAUGUGGUGUUUGGCAAGCUGGAAGUUGGUCCCCUUGCACAGUUACAUGUGGUAAUGGAAUAGUAACAAGACAAGUUGUCUGUGUCAACCACCAUCAACAAAUUGAUGAGAAUUACUGUGAUCCCGAAGGCCAGCCUGCAAAAGAACAAGAAUGUAGCAUGCCACCCUGCCAGCCAGUUUAUCGCCAUGCUCUGGAUAUACAUGAACAUCCAAGCCAUCAGGAUUAUUCUCCAAUACACAAGGUCCAUCACUUGCAUGACACCCACCACUCUCCCCAAGGAAACCAGUGGCGAACAGGGCCAUGGGGAGCGUGCUCCAGUACUUGUGCUGGUGGAUUUCACCGCCGGGUUGUGGUAUGCCAAGAUGAGGAAGGGAGAAGUGCAAGCAACUGUGAUAUGACACUGAAACCUCCAGACACAAGCCAUUGUGAUUCUGGUCCUUGUCCAAGAUGGAACUAUGGGAGCUGGGGAGAAUGCACUCACACAUGUGGUGAUGGAAUACAGGCACGGUUAGUGAUCUGCCAACUUCCAAAUGGCCAAGUGUUAAAUGAUCACAACUGUGAUGUGCUGGAAAAACCACCUAGUACUGCACAGUGUAAUGUACAGUCAUGUCCUGGUGAAGUUUCAUGGCAUCGUGAACCAUGGAAAUCGUGCUCUGCAUCCUGUGGGAAGGGCUUAAAGGACCGUGAAGUAUAUUGUGUUAACAACUUCCAAAUUAAACUAGGAGAUGAUGAGUGCAAUCAUUUAAGGAAGCCUCGAACCCACAAAGUUUGCAAAUCCGUCAGAUGUCCUGAAUGGAAGGCCACCAGGUGGAAUGAGUGCUCUGUGACUUGUGGGGAAGGCGCUCAACAUCGCAAUGUUUACUGUAGGCAGAAAGGCAGCGGCCGAGUGAAUGAAGUGAUGUGCCAUGAUCUUCCUCAGCCACCUAGUCAGAGGCCUUGUUGGUUGGCUGCCUGUGCACAUUACCAGUGGUUGGCUGAUGAAUGGCAAGAGUGUUCUUCAUCAUGUCGAAAAAAGGAAACAUACCGGAAGGUGAAGUGUGUAGAUGAAAAUGGGAUCAAAGUGAACGAAGGGCUCUGUGAUCCUUCUACAAAACCUCCAUCCAGUAAAAAAUGUAGAGCAUCUGCCUGUAAAUACCUUGUGAUUACCAUUGAUUCAUCAGAGUGUCCAGCUGGUUGCUAUCUUGAGUACCACAAAAAGAUCCCGUACUGUGUCGAGGCCCAUGACGCCUGGAACACUGAUGGUCUUCGAGCAGUAGCCUACCCAGAUUGUCCACUGGCACGAUCAUCACUGACAAACAGAUGCCACAUCAAGGCUUGUCUACAUGUUGCUGCAGCCUGGAAAGUAGGGAAAUGGAGUGAGUGCUCAGUACCUUGUGGAAAGGGGAUAAAGGAAAGAAGAGUGGAAUGCAGGACACUAAGUGGUUCAUCCAGUGACUUGUGUCCACCACAUUUAAAACCUACUGCUAGACGCAUAUGUCACAUGAAAGAUUGUGAAGAGAUAAACAGCUGCAAAGAAAUCCAGAUUAGAAAAAAGGUUCAAAAGGAUGGUGAAUACUUGCUUAAUAUUAAGGGGAAAAUGAUAAAGGCUGCAAAAUCCAUAUGAGUGCCCUUUUAAUGGAAGCAGACAGCGAGACUGCAUGUGCAGGAAUGACUACCCUGCUGCUGGCUAUACCAUUUUUAGAAAAAUAAGAAUUGAUCUCGGUUCUUUGGAAA